AUGUCGAGAUCUCGGUCUCUGACAGCUGCUUGUGUUCCAAUUGACUUGACCUAUGUUAGCAUAAAUCAGAAAGCUGGAUUGAUGUUUGGUUUGAAGGUACAACGCGUCUGUGAUUCUUCUGUUGCUUCGGGUAUCAUUCAUACAUCUUCGGUGUCACAUCAAUUUUUAUUCCCACGUACCUGGCCCAGCUUUAACUUGUCCCUCCAAUUUAUUUCAUUAUCGGGCUUUUUCUUAGCCUUUCGUCUCCCAAACUCCUCAUCGAGUCCAUUACCUCGAAUCUUUUUGCCCUUAGGUUUAGAGCCAGCAAGAAAAUGGCUAGAGGACUUUGAUAGCAGCAAAACGCAUCUUCUUCCAAUCAGCAUUUUACAUUUGACUACUGUUCAAGGUACAAGGAAUGUGCAGGGUACAAGGAACCGAGCUUCCCCUUCUCGGCUUAUUAAACUGUACAAGAAAAUGACUGAAUCUCAACGUAAUAGGAUAAAUGCAAUCGGGUUUGGAGGCCUACUGAAUAUAAAAUGUGAUACACUACUAGCAAGGUUAGCAAAUUGGCUAAUGGUGGAUUGUUUCGAUGCCGAGUCUUCGCAGCUGGUGCUUCCUGGAAGAGGUGUAAUUAAAGUCAUAGCUGAAGUUGUGCAGUCUAUCAUGGACUUGCCAAACAAUGGUGAUGAAGUAAAAUAUGAGCUUGAUGUCAAUGCAAUAGACUUCAUUCACGCCAAGUAUAAAAUUGCUCGAGGAAAAGCACCUAGGAUCGGGGCAACAGUGAAAAGAGUUCAGUCCACCAAGAGAGCUAGUGAUGAUUUUCUAAGGUCUUGGUUGAUGCAUAUUGUUUCAACAUUCUUGUGCCCCCCUACCAGCUUGGGAAUCAGUCCUAGAUGCUACCCAUCAAUCAUGGAUCUUUCUCAUGUUAAAGACCUCAAUUGGUGUCAGUUUGUGGUUGACCAGCUGAAGAAAUCGGCUUCAAAAAUGGGAAAAGGGAGUUCUAUCCUAUAUGUAGACUCUUUGCUGGUUGAAAAUGUUGACAUCCCAGCGACGACGCCUAGGAUUGCAGCAUGGUCAAGGAGCUUGGUAGAUCAGGUAGUUAAGUUAGACACCAACCGUGACGGCUCCUUUAGAAAGCUCAAGCUUAAAAGUUCUGCUCAUACAGUUGUACAAUCUUCAUUAUUCCAGUUAGAUGAUGUGCCCAGAUUCGUGUCUUCAAAGGUGUCAUUGGACAUGUCCGAUCAGAAAAAGAGGAAACUGACUACUACUAAAAAGUAUCCAAAAUUGAAGAACCAUCCUCCACAACCAGUUCUCAUGGAGAUGGUGCUGCAUCUGAAUGCCAACCACCACGUGCUGAACAAAGGCAGACCAGAAGAUGAAGAUGAAGGCACUGAUGAUGAAGAAGAUGACGGAGGUGAUGAUGAAGAAGAAGCUGUAGGAGAGUAUUCUUCUUCAGAGGAUACAAAAGAAGAAUCAGAUCCACUAGAAGAUGGGGGAACUCCACCCCCUGAUUUUGAUGAUCCAGUUGAUGGCAUGUUUACUAGCAACAUCAGUGAAGAUGAGCAUAGUAGUCAAGAUCAUGUGCCUUUGAUUGCGCGGUUAAGGAGGAUGCGUAAAGAUGGCAAAUCUCCAAUAUACUCUAGCCCUAAGAGAGCAAAAGAUGAUGAAAGGUCAGCUGAACCUCAACCUCUUGCAUUUAUUCUACCUGAAAAUCUUAGGAAAGUAGGAAUUGCACACAACAGGAAGUUGAAGCUACGACUGCCAAGUAAUCCAAUUGAACAAAAAGAUGCAGGUGAUGGUGCUGCCACAACCACUUCGGUGCACAAUGUUGGAGAAGGUUGUAGUUUCAAGGUUCCUGGUUCACAAAAUAUUGUCCAACAAGAAACAGGCAGUGCAGCAAAGAUGGAUCCUCUGGAUUUCGCCCCUCCAGACUUCAAGCUUUUUGAUGAAGAUGACAUUUCUCCCACCAAGUCUGCAGGAGGUUUUGGUGGUGCUACAUGCUCACUUGAUGAGAUACGAGAAGAAGAAUUUUAG